CGUGUACAAAGAGAUUUUUUUUUCUCUCCCCUUAUUAUUGCUGGCAUUUUACUCUUUCAAAGUCAAUCAACACUGGUUUUUUCAAGUUGGGGUUUUAGCAUUUGAUUUCAACUUUCUGCUUAACUUCCAUUCAUGAGCUCUGGAGGACUUUUCUUUGGCUGCUGUUUGAGUUUCCCACCGAGUUUAUAAUAUUUGGGAUUUUCAUUUUUUGUCUGUUUCUUGUGUUUUCGUCUCGAGACUUUAAAUGAAUUUCCUCCAAAUUAUUUAUUUGUAGAAUCUCCUUUUGCCUAUAGGACUUUUGGGCUUCUGGUUCUACUUCUUUUCUUAAAUGGGUUCUUCAUAUGGAUCCUGAAGAACAGUGAAAGACAUGAACUGUCCACUUAGCAUCACAAUCUCGAGGAAUUAUGUGAUCUCGGUCUUGCAGUAUUAGAACAGUAUGUUGGCAAGUAAUGAUCUCCCACACUCCUAGAUGGCCUGAAGGAAUGCGAAGUCAACUAUGGUUUGCACUGCAGAUGAUCAACUGGGCUGGAAGGAUUUUCCUAAAGGCCUCAGGGUUCUUCUCCUUGACGACGACAGUGACUCGGCUGCUGAGAUAAAAUCCAGACUUCAGAAAAUGGACUACAUUGUUUUCACAUUCUGCAAUGAGAAUGAAGCAUUGAAAGCAAUUUCAAACAAAACCGAGUGCUUCCAUGUUGCCAUAGUGGAGGUCAGCACAGGCGAUAACCAUGGGAGUUUCAGGUUUCUCGAGAGUGCCAGGGACCUACCCACCAUCAUGACGUCAAAUAUCCAUUGCUUAAGCACUAUGAUGAAGUGCAUUGCACAUGGUGCAGCAGAGUUCCUUCAGAAGCCAUUAUCUGAAGACAAAUUGAAGAACAUUUGGCAGCAUGUUGUUCAUAAGGCCUUGAAUGCAGGGGGAACAUGCGUUUCCAAAUCACUGAAGCCCAUCAAAGAUAACAUAGUUUCCAGGCUUCAGCUCCAAGUGGAAACCAUGAACUCAGAGAGUGAAAAUCUGUUGCAAAUGGAAAGCGAAGGCCAGGACCUCAAGCAUAACCAUGACCACUCAGCAGCUAGUGAUAGGUUUCCAGCACCUUCAACCCCACAAUUGAAACAGGGGGGAAGAUCUGUAGACGAUGGUGACCAUCAAGACCAGGCUAACUGCGCAAUGGAGAAAGAGUCUGGGGAUCAAGAAGCAGAAUCGAAAUCUGUCGACAUUACUUACAGAAAUCCAGCUGAGGAAACUACUAUUAAAGUUGAUUUAGAACCAGGCGCCAGAGGUGCUGGGAUCAAAGAGGAGGAUUACUCACCUGAUGGUUCUAAGACUGGAACCACUAUAUCUUCUCAUCAGAAUGACAAAGACAAGAUAGCGGAUUCUGGAAUUGAGGAAAAGACAUCAAACCUUCCUUCUUUUUGUGGGACCAGAGUAAACAAGAGAAAGAUAAAGGUCGACUGGACUCCUGAACUGCACAAACGGUUUGUGCAAGCAGUUGAGCAACUGGGGGUCGACCAAGCCAUCCCUUCUCGAAUUCUAGAGUUAAUGAAGGUGGAUGGUUUGACAAGACACAAUGUGGCAAGUCACCUCCAGAAGUAUCGAAUGCAUCGAAGACUCAUCAUGCCAAAGGAAGAUGAUCGGAUAUGGCAUCAUCCAAGGGACACUAUGCAGAGGCUUUAUGCACAAAACCCUGUCAUGGCCUACCCUCCAUACCAUGCUAAUCAUGGUGUCUCAACCAACCAGAUAUACCCUGUAUGGGGCCAUCCUAGUACCCACCAUCCUUCUGGCAUCCAAAGAUGGGGUCAUUCGGGUUUCCCCUCAUGGCAGCCUUCAGAAGUCUGGCCUUGGAAGAGUUAUGCAGGGAUGCAUGAUGAUGCGUGGGGUUGCCCUGUGAUGCCCACACCACUAGUUCCAUCCUCCCCCUUUCCUCAAGUACACAUUUACCCAGGUUGUCAUGGUUCAGACACAGUUCAAGAGCCAGGCAGCUUGCAGAAACUCCAACUUGAGCUUAAUCUGGGAGAGGAGGAGAUGAUAGACAGGGUGGUGAAGGAGGCAAUAAACAAGCCGUGGCUGCCUCUGCCAUUGGGACUAAAGUCUCCUUCCACUGAAAGCGUUCUCUCUGAACUCCACAGGCAAGGCAUCUCCACCAUCCCUCCUCACACCUCCACCAACAUCAACUCCUGCUGACGUGUCUCUGGGUCUCAUUUUCUUUUUCAAAAUAAGAAAAGGAAACGAGGAAGGAUGAGAAGGGUCUUAAUCUUAUCCAAUAUGAUGAUGGGGGCCGUAAUCACAAUUGACAAGACUGAGCAAGCUGAGGAAGAGCCACGUGUAGUUUUUUAAUUGGUGGCUGUAAAUAGUGGUCCAGCUGGGACAUUUGUCUCUACACUUAUUAGCUACUAAAGUCUACCCUACAACCCAACAAAGUCUUUUCCAUUUUUUCUUUUGUUAAGGGGACAUCAUCCCCGUUCCGAAGGGACAUCAGAGGCACAAGAUUAAAAAGAGAGUGUGAGUGAGCAUUGUAGCAGAAGAGAGAGGAAUAUGUUUUGGGGGUUGGGUGGGGCCUAGUUGUGCUAUCUGGAUUCUAGAGACUGAAUUAAAUAUAUGUGCUUUGCUGA